AUAAACAACGUAGCCAAAUUUGAAAGCUGGCGCAGCAGACGCAGAAACUGAAAGGGGCAAUUAUUGACAAUGCUAAACGAACCCCGGAAGGAAAUGGGUGAGGUUGGUGCGGAACUUGGUAUUGAAGAUCAGAGUAAAUCUCCGGUCUUCUUACAAGAAGAUUACGACCUGGGGAAUACUAACGUGGUGCGAUCGGAAGGCUAUGCGACCAUGUUCAUUGAUCCAGAUGUUAUAGAAUUUUUUCUCAGAGCUGACUCAAUAAAGGAUAGCGCGGAAGAAGUUAAAACUAGUAUUUCAAAACGUAUUGAUUAUUUGUUGCAGGUUGUGAAAUCUAAGAUUCAAGGCGAAAAGAAUAUAUCCGUCCAUGAACUUCUAGAUAAGAGGGACGACAUGUAUACUAUGUCAGCGGAAAUACUUGUUAAAUGUGGCUCAUUGCAGAAGUAUGAAGAAAUCAGGAACAUAGUUGUAGAGAAAUUGGGAGGAACUGUCUUCGUCAGCGAACCCAGACAUUAUCAUACGCACAGGUGUUUGCAGGACGCGAGGAUGAAAGUGUUACGUAUGGCUAUGUCAUGUGCUCGGAGUAAGGCAAUGGAAUUGGCAUCCGUAUUACAAAAGCCUCUUGGCCCUGCAUUAUUUGUACUAGAACUGGAAAGCAGUGAGAAGCCACCUCCCCAACUGGAAGACAACUUCAUAUCAGCCUUAUCAAUGCGAACACAUUCUUCUAGUCGUAUUGUGACUAGCCGUGUAAAGGUUGUGUUUGAGCUUAUGAAGGUUAAACCUGAGAAACCAUCUCAGACACAAAGUUAGAAAUCAUUUUUUGUACAUUUCAGUACAGUGUAGAAAGUGCAAUAGUCAUGCCAAAAAAAUUGAAUUUUGUGUUAGUUUACAAUCACCAGGAAUCAGGUUUUGGAUGUAGUAAAAAGGUUUAUUUUACUCACUUACUAUUGUUAUUGCUUGAUAUGUUAUCAUUUAAUAUUGUUUCAUGUAUUUUAU